AUGGCCUCUGCCGACUGCCCUCCAUACGGCGUCCAGCUCGGCACCAACUACCCGGACAACUACAUCCGCAAGUGCUCUGAAGAGGAUUUUGCCGUCAUGGCCAGGCUGCUUCACGCCAUUAUCGAAGCCGAUGUCAUCAUCUCAGGUGUUGAUGACUUUGCUCCCUACAUGGAACCAACGGAGGAGUACUAUGCCCCAGGGACUAUCAUUGACCACACCGGACAAAUGGCGCAGCUCCCUGACCCCGAGACCGUCUUGGCUCACGUGACACCUGAAGACGAGAUGGAGAACCUCUACUACGAAGGAACCACUCAAGUGGUGGACAUCAGCGAAGCUCCCUCCACCUCUCCUUCUAUUUCUCCAACUGAUUCUCCAACCACCUCUCCUUCUAUCUCUCCAUCCAAGGCUCCAACAUCCUCUCCAUCGACCUCGCCUUCUGGAUCUCCCACAACCGACGGUCGUCGGUUGCAGGAAGUCGAAGUGGUGGAAGAGGGAAUGUGGUUUCCAUUUGGCACAUUCAAAGACGGAGGACAGCCAUCGGACUUUUCCCCCGAGACUGCACAAAGGCGCCUUCCGUCAAUCGACUGCCCAACCAAGGAUGAAGGAUGCAACUACAGUGGCUGCUGCAUUUUUUGCCCCGAGGUCUGCAAAAGACGUCGUCUUGAAGGUGAAACUGUGGAGGAUGCAAAGCUUCGAGGAAACCGCAAACUUUUCAACGCGGCCAAGCACGCCUUUACAGGGACUGAAACUCAAAAGUCGUAUGAACGCAAGGUUCGGGCUAUGGAAAGGCGUGUCUCCAAGGCAUUGACCAAAAAAUUCCGAUUCCUGGCCAUGACAGAACGCAUCCCCUGUCUGGGAAACUUUUGGGAAAUCCAGAUCGAUUUCGUCACUGAACUGGAUCUGUACUACGCCGAAUUCUUUGACGAGGACACCGCCGCAAGACAAUAA